AUGGAGGCUCCCAUGUACGAGUCUUCUAGUAGCCACAAAGGCCCUCAUGAGAAGGAAGGAGCCAUCCAUUCGACUGUAGACGUCGACCAUGGCGCCGACACCGACCUCCACCGCUCCCUGAGCACCCGCCAUCUGACCAUGAUCGCGCUGGGCUCUUCGAUUGGGAUGGGACUAUGGCUGGGAAGUGGUACCUCGCUGGCCAACGGUGGUCCUGCCGCCAUCUUCAUCGGAUACCUGCUCAGUGGGACAAUGAUCUGGGCGGUUUCGCAUUCCAUCGGGGAGAUGGCGAUUGUCUAUCCGCUUCCCUCGGCCUUUGUGCAGUGGUCCUCCAUCUUUAUCAGUGAGGCGGCUGGAUUCACACUGGGUUGGACCUACUGGUUUCAAUUCUUCAUCACCUUGGCCAACGAACUGCAGGGUGUGGUUACCGUGCUCAACUUCUGGACAGACAAAGUGCCUACGGCAGCGUGGAUCAGUAUCUUCUGGGUAGUCAUCAUCUUCGUCAACGUCUGGGCCGUCAAGUUCUUUGGCGAAGUCGAGGUCGCCGCCUCGUCAAUCAAGUUCUCCUGGAUCAUCGUCGUCAUCAUCUCCUUGAUCGUUGUCUCUGCGGGAGGUGCCCCCGGUGAAGGCCCCAUUGGGUUCCGCUACUGGAAUGCCGAACCGUUCACCCACGGCUUCAAGGGCUUCCUGUCCGUCAUGCCUACCUGCAUCUUCGCCAUGUCAGGAUCCGAGAACACUGCGCUGGUGGCCGCCGAGACCAAUAACCCCCGCAAGUCGGUGCCUCGCGCGGUCGGAUCGAUCUGGCUGCGUCUGUCGCUAUUCUACAUUCUGGGGUCGUUGAUGGUCACAAUCACGGUCGAUCCUCACGAUCAAAACUUGUUCGGUGCGUCGGGUACCAACGCCUCUCCCUUUGUCAUUGCCUACCGUAACGCGGGACUGGAACCACUGGCGCACAUCAUGAACGCGGUCGUUUUCAUUUCGGUUGUCUCGACGGGAAGUAUCCAGGUGUAUGCGGGCUCUCGCACGCUGAUGGGUCUUGCGCAUCUGAAGAUGGCACCAAAGUUCUUUGGCAAAGCAGACAAAGUCGGUCGUCCGAUCGCCGGUUUGGCCCUCACCCUGGUCAUCGGCGGUGGUCUGGCCUAUCUGAACGUCGACAACAGCGGUGCCGAGGUCUUCACCUGGUUCUCCAACCUCACUUCCCUGCUCACGCUCUUCGGCUGGGGCAUGAUCUGUCUGUCGCAUCUCCGCAUGCGAUACGCCUGGAAGGUCCAGGGCCGGUCGCCCUCGGAGCUGCCUUGGAAGUCCUGGACCUACCCCUUCGGGGCCAUCUGGGGUCUCUUCUGGUGUGUGCUGCUCAUCAUCGUCGAGUUCUACCUGAGUGUGUGGCCCCUGGGCGGCAAGCCGACGGCGAAAGGCUUCUUCGCCAACUAUGUCAGCGUGGUGGCGAUUAUUGUCCUCUACAUUGGAGCCAUGAUCUACUACAAGGGGCCGUUCCUGAACGACGCCAAAACGAUUGAUCUUGAUGAAUUCCGCCGGUUCUACGUCGACCAUCGUGAUGAGGAGGCCAAGGCUGAGAAGACCGGGGUGAAGAAGUACCUGUCCAAGGGGAUUGGACUUGUGUUCAACUAG